GAUGGUAAAGGCGAACGUCAUGGGAGUGCAGCUGAAAGAUUAUUGGCAGCACAAGCAAAGAAAAACCAAAGUUUGCCAAAUCGUUUAUUUGCUGAUAUUCACCCUGUUACUCAAGUACUACAACCAUCACUUAAUAAAUUUAUAUAG